GAUUGGCUAUCUUUGAUUUACUGUUAACUAAAGCUACAGUAACCUAAUUUAUUUGUUCGGGUGGUAUGUCCGCCGCGGUUAAUUCAGCCAUGCAAGUUUGGGGCUAAAAUAACACAUCAUAACUGUUUGUUUACUCUUACAAAGUUAUGAAUUGCCAGACCAUGCAUGUGUUUGUAUUGUUACAGAUGGCUGAAAAACUGAGCAAUCCGAUGCAAUGUUGUUCUUGAGAAUUUAGGUUGAAUCUUACGCUGUCAUGUGGUCAACAGGUGCGCUGUCAACAUUCCGUCAGCAAAACAUGGGCCACGUUACCUCACGAAACUUAACGCAGCUGAAUGGGUCAUUUAUGUACACUAAACUGAAGAACCGAACAACUGUAUUAGUAUAUAGCCUACAUGCCAUAAAGCCUCUUGUAUGUAUAGCAUGUUUUGAAUAAGGAAUCUAAGCAAUAAGUUGAUUGUAGUCUAAGCCAAGGAUAAAUUCUCGCCAAAAUAAUUUUGGUGAUAACAUUAUUUUGACCAUGCCUAUAAUUAUUUUCUCUGUUUCAUGUGUAAAUAAAUAUCUUACGUAUGCUGCUUGUAGGCUACGAUUGCAUGUAGGCUAACUCACAUCAUUUUAUGCAUAAUUUACUGCUUGUAGGCUUUUAGGCAGGAUCUACUACAUGUAGGCUACUGUACUUUACCAGAAUUUAGGAUAAAUGUACGCAAAAUACCACAUGCGACAGUUGUAUUGAGUAUUUAUCCUACAAAUUACUUAUUAGGCUGUUUGACAAUAAUUCUUAAUCCUACCUUGACUAAAAGUUGCCAUUGCGUAUGUUAAAGUGUAGUCUACAUAAACCACAGCGGCUCACAGCAAAACCUAAUAAAACCGUGCUAGUUUGCAGACCCCCUAAAAAGUCGGCGGUGGUAGCCUUGUUUUUACUUAGCCUUGUCACUGACUCGUAAGAUCAACUCCCCCUACCGACAACUCUCUCUCGCUCUCUCUCGCGCGCUCUCUCUCUCUCUUUCUGGCACGCGGGAGGAAGCUUAUGUGUCUACUGUACAGAGAGAGCUACACAGUGGCUCAACGUCACCCGCGCCAUGACGUCAAUGCGACGUCGCGCAUUCCAGGCUCUCUAUGUAGAAGCCACUCACAUAAAUGUGCUAUUAGACUUUCCCUCGCGCAGCCUCCACAUAAACAAAGGCACAUUGCAGCUCGAGCCUGGCGCAUCAGUCGCACGAAUACUGUCAAACGCGGACACCACGGAAAACCUUACAAGUAGUGGACUACUAGUAUUACUUUUUUUCUUUUUCUUUUUUUUGGACAGGGGAAACAAUACAUUACAUUUAUUGUAAUUGUUGAUACCUGCCGAUCGAACAUCAGACUUAAAAGUGACUAUUAUUAGCCGCAAAAAAAGAUAUUUAUCAGUAUUUCAUCGGAAUAGCCAAUGCACAGGAUAUUUUAAGGAGGUUCAAAACACAUGUAAAGACGGAACCACUACAGCAAUCAAGCGCUGGUUCGGAAGAGCGCGCUCAGCCCAGCUCCGAUCCACGAGUACCAGACCCAUUCUCUGAGGCGUCUGCUGAUACCCGGACCAUCUCCGGCACCACUAGAAAAUCGACCACAAUUCAGCAAGCAAAACUUACGCGAGAUCUAUGGCAUUGAAGCGAUGAGCAAACACGCGCACUUAUUGGAACAACUGCAUUUUGUCCAUCUAAAAUGCACUCCCCGAGAAAUGCCUUGUGUACAGGCUCAGUAUGGCCCUGCCCCUCCAGGGUCCAGCUACUCCUCCCAAUCCGUCAGUUACCACGGAGACUACGGCUCUGACCUCAUGAACCCAGACUAUGCCAAGCUGGAGUUGGGUGCAGGAGAGAUCUCGGCGGCAGCCACCACAUCUCUCCCCAGCUUCAAUGUGUUUGUAGAGAGCAGCUACGACCCGCCCAAGCCCUCCUGCCUGUACCAGCUGCCCUCGAUGCGACCCACCAUCAAGAAGGAGGAUGACCCUUACCACACGGGCCCGACCCUCUCCAUGGGGCAGGCCGACGACGCGUUGGCAGGCAGCUCGAUGUACUUCAAACAGUCUCCGCCCUCCACCCCGCCUACUCCCCACCCGACGGGCCCCCCUGGAGGCGCCUUUCUGUGGGAGGAACCUCAGUCCCUGCAGCAACUCCCCCAGCCUCAGCGAUUUGCCCACUUCUACGAGCAGUCGCCUGUGGCGGCCUACGAGGGCAUGAGUGUGCAGGUGCGCCCGGAGCGCUCUCCCUCUGAUGUGCACAGUCACCCCCACCCACAAGCACACCCGCACACACAUAUGUACCCACUGGGCAUGGGGAAGGCUGGAGGUCUGCCAUUCCGCUCACUGGCCACCAUGGGGGGGUGCCCGCCACCACUGCCCUCUCCACCGUCACGAUGCAGCACAGGAGAGGGGAUGUGUGCCGUAUGUGGAGACAACGCCGCCUGCCAACACUAUGGGGUGCGCACGUGUGAAGGCUGCAAGGGCUUCUUCAAGAGAACGGUGCAGAAGAAUGCCAAGUAUGUGUGUUUGGCCAGUAAAAACUGCCCAGUGGACAAGAGACGGCGAAAUCGUUGUCAGUAUUGCCGUUUCCAGAAGUGUCUAAGUGUGGGGAUGGUGAAAGAAGUGGUCCGUACAGAUAACCUGAAGGGCAGGAGGGGUCGGCUGCCAUCCAAACCAAAGAGCCCUUUGCAGACGGACCCGUGUCCCCCCUCGCCACCCAUCAGUCUCGUCAGCGCUCUCCUACGUGCCUACACACACUCUGCGCCCCGUGAGCUCGACUACAGCCAGUUCAGUGCUGUGGAGACCGUGGGUCUGUCCGAGGCGCAGCAGGUGCAGGUCUUCUACCGCCUGCUGACCUGCUCCAUGGAGGUGACACGCGCCUGGGCCGAACGCAUACCCGGAUUCUCCGAGCUCAACCGAGAUGACCAGAACACGCUCAUUGACUCUGCCUUCCUGGAGAUUUUCGUUCUGCGACUGUCCUACAGGUGGAUGCUGCCUGAGGAGAAGCUGGUGCUCUGUAAUGGCUUGGUGCUGCACCGGCAGCAGUGUCUGCGGGGCUUUGGGGAGUGGCUGGACUCCAUCCGAGACUUCAGCGCCAACCUGCAGAGCCUGGGAAUGGACCUGACCGCCUUCAGCUGCCUCUGUGCCCUGGUGCUGCUCACAGAUCAGUGUCCUGGUCUGAAGGACCGGAAGCGCGUGGAGGAGCUGCAGAAUAAGGUUCUCUGUUCUCUGCGGGAUCACCUGGGCUUUGGCUCCAGUGCGGCCGGGGCCUCAGCGGGGAAAGCCUCCCCCUCACUGAAUCGCGUGGUGGGGGUGAGGGCAGAGCUUCGGAUCCAGCGGACCCAGGGUCUCCAGAGAAUCUUCUACCUGAAGCUUGAAGACUUAGUCCCUCCCCCACAAGCCAUCGAUAGGUUCUUGGAUACACUGCCCUACUAAGGCCCUGCUCGUUCAAAUGCGAGGACAUCCCCACUGUUUCAGACGGACAGACCAGAGGUGGGCCAUCAGCAGCAUUAUGAGCUGUGGUGGACAGGACCUUUGUCUGGAUGGAGGCCGCACUACAACUCCCAUGAUCUCCCAUAUCCGCACACAGGACAUACUCUGUCUGUCGAAAAACAAACAAACAAACCACAACAAAACAAUCAGAACAUUUUUAUGCCAGAUUCGACUGUGUGUGCGUGGGUGGGUGGGUGGGUGUGUAUGUGCACAGACAAGUGUUUUAAGUGUGUAUUUUGAGCCUUGACAGUGUGAAUCUGAUGUCCAACACAAAUUCACGCAAUACCCUCUCCGUCACUCAUAUCCACACAUGGAUCCCUUGUGCAAGCAACAGUAUCUGUCCACGUGUGUGUUCUUGUAUUAUGGCCCCAAACAGAACACACCUCACAGUUUUAAACAAGACAAGCAACGCAUACACAUAAACACAUAAACACACACACACAUACACACACUCUCUCACUCACUCACUCACAUACAUAAACACACAUUCUUAGAUCAUAGGCAGAGAGGAUAGUGAACCGCUCCUGCGUAUAAGUGCAAUUUCUGAAGUGCUUUUCCCACAGGAGCACACUGCGAUUCCAGCUCUGUAGUUGACAUUAGCUGACAUGAAUACUAAGACUCCAUCCUCAGAGCCACUGCCCAUGAGGUCAAAGGUCGGGGCAGACCAGAGACACCGCACAGCACUGCGCUGCGCCGCACUAACCUUUCUACGACAACGGAGCUCCUCAGAACUUGAAUUUGCUGUAGUAUUUUUAUAUUGAAAAUAAUAAAUGUAGGGCUUCAAGACGACGGAACACCAGUGUGGGAGUCAGUGGGAGGGGGCGGGGGGUUGCUGAGCACUUAAAGAAAGAUACGGAGACAGAGAGAUGAAUAGAGGAAAAGAAGGAGGGGUAGAGGGAACACAGGAGGGAGGAGAAAGAGAAAGAACGAGAGAUUGGGAGCAAGAGGAGACAAAGGCGAGAGGGAAGAAGGGCGAAAAGGAGAAGGGGUGAUACAUUCCGCAUUAAUAUGUCUUUUGUAUGUUUAUAUCAUUGAUGCCAUUUAUUGACAUUGAGGACUAUGUUGCUUUUGAUUUGUACAGAGGAAGAGGGUUUGUGCAUGGGUGUGUGUGUUUGCGCUUGCCUGUAUUUAUUGCAAAAGACUGCAGCGCUGAGAGAACUCUUUACAGCCCACCCAAGACAGAUUCAAACUAUAUAAAUAUAUAAAUAUAUUACCACAAAAAAAAAAAACUAAUAUUUUGAAGUGUUUUUAUCUGAUAGCCUUUUUCAACUAUUGUGGUACGACUUGUGCAUUGUUUUGUUUCUUUUUUGAAGAAGAAAAAUGUUUUCCACUGUCUCUUGGUUUGAUUUUAUUUUUGUCUCUUUGUUUCACUGGAGGUUCAGCUCAGCACUUUGAAAUGAUAAAAUAGUUUAAAUGA